AUGUAUCGUGAAUCCCGGUGCCAGUACUCGGGUGCAGGGGCUUGGGUAAAGAAGAGUGCUGGCGAUAGAUACCCCACGAACUCAGAACUCACCAUUUCCAGUCGAACAACAUGUGUCUCUGUUUGUCAAUCUCUCCUUCUUCGACCGCACAAGCAGGAAUUUCUGUCCAACCUGGUGACUGGAGACGAAUCGUGGGUCCUCUACAAGAAUGAGAAGAUGAGUGGGCAGCAUACUGGCUACCUCGCUCAGAGCAGCCACCCACGCAGUCGAAACCAAAGGCACACGGAAUGA